AUGGUUGGAAAAAGAGAGGGGCUGGCAGCAAAGCUCAAGCGCGAUUGUCCGCAAAUGAUUAACAUCCACUGCGUUUGUCAUAAGCUGGCACUGGCUUGUGUUGAUGCUGAUCAAGAUUUGAAGUACGUUGAUCACAUGGCAACCAUAAUUCGACAGCUGUGGCAAAGCAUGGAAAACUCAUCCAAGCGCACCAAGGCAUACAUGAAGACCCAGAUGCAGCUUCACAGCAUUGGCCUCAACAGAAAAUCGAAGAAGAAUGUCUUCAAAAAGCUGAAGAAAGCUUGCAAGACAAGAUGGUUGUCUUUCAACAAUUCUGUUGCUUCGUUUUUUGAAGAUCUUCCAGCUGUGAUGCUAGCCCUCAGUAGCUUACCUGAGUCUGAUGCUAUGGCCUAUGGUCUGCUCCAGAACAUCAAAAAUGCCAAAUUUAUUGCAGCGUUGUACAUCCUGCAUAGUGUUCUGCCUCACCUGGCUUACUUGUCAAUGGCUUUUCAAAAAGGCAAAGUGAAUUUUGGCCACAUUGAGCCUGCCCUCCAGUGCACUAAGGACGCCCUGGAAGAGCUGAAAACAGGACAAAUGCUCCAAAAACUCAAAACAGAUCUAACACUUGAAGGUAAAUUAUUUAAGGUUUAAAACAUUGAAUUGUUUUGAUCAAAUUUUCUUAUUUAUUUUACUUUCUAUAGUACCGGAAUUAUUAACUCAUGUGUGCUGUACUCUCAAAUUUACUUCUUAGGACGAUUAUCCCCCAUUGCACAAGAUGUCAUAAUUGACGACCGCACCUAUGAAUGGGCUGAGGGAUUCCUCAAUAAGUAUAUUGAUGCCUUGGUAGCAAACCUGGAGAAGAGGUUCGAGAAACUUCCAGUUGUGGCGGCCUUCUCCAUCUUCCACGUUGAAGAUCUCCCAAAUCGGGACGACCCCUCUUUCCAAGAUUAUGGAAAAGACAACAUAAAGCAGUUGUCACAACACUUUGGCGUAAGUUUGUAUCUCUAUUAA